GCUGUGUAGAUAUUCCAAGGUGAAAGAGUGAUGACCAAGGAUUGCCUUGAGCUUGGAAGGAUUAGUCUACGAGACCUUCCACCGGCUCCAAGGUAAUUUACACAAUGUGUUGAUAUACAUCUUUUGCAAGCAUGAGUUGCUAGUAAGAAGAAAACUCCAUAUAUAUGUUGUGCAGGGGUGUUGUCAAAAUGAACAUGACAUUCGAGAUCGAUGCCAACGGGAUCUUGAGCGUACUCGUGGAGGACAACGCGACGAACAACUCGAAAUCGUUCGUCACCAAGGGAUACAAAGGAAAUCUGACGGAGGAAGAGGUGGAGAGGAUGGUGAAGGAGGCGAAGCAGAUGGCCGAGGAAGAUAAACAGAGCAAGGAGCGCGUCCAGGCGAGGAACCGAUUCGAGAGGUACAUAUACGACGUCAAGGGCGCUCUGAACAAUCGUAACAUUGGUACCAAUAAGUGGUCACGUGACAAGGAGAAGGUGGAGGUUGCAGUGAGAGAAGCUUCCGAGUGGUUGGACGGGAAUGGAAAUGUUUCUAAGGAAGAAUAUGAGAAGAGUAUGCAGAAGCUGGCAGAUGUGUGGAAUCCUAUUAUACGGAAGGUUUAUGCAUGAAAUGAGAGUACGUACAGUGCGGGUGAUGUUGAUGUUAUGUAUGUUUGCUAAACUAGGUUUGUUCAUCUAAUUUCGUGCAUUCGAUGGCACUUCAUCUAUUUACAUACGAUGUUACUAUCUAGUAUUUCAUAUUUCAACCUUGUAUUAACAGUUUUCUCGAUUUGCCGGUGAUUUAAUAAUUCAUGCUGACGUGGAUGUCGUGUAUGUUGUCACAAAACCCUUCUAGUCAUCUUAGUAAAAGUGUUCGUCUCAAUUAUUCAGUGAGAACCAAUCGGCAUUUGUGAAAGACGGAGGAAUUGGUGAUAAUACAUUCUUGUAAUAGGAAAGAAGAUUAUAUCAUGUCUUCUUAAUGAGACUGUGAAUUGAUAUAUAGUGGCCUGAUUUGUAACUGUUGGUUUCUGGAAGCUUUGGCUUACGCCUCCCACACAAUGAAAAAAAGGUUCAAAGAUCUAUCGUAUCAUUCUCAACGCCGCAAGCUUUAAGUUACAUAUUUAUGUUUUGCGGAUGAUCUCGUUAGUUUCUCUACAAGUUAUGUUUAUGUAGUAGAGACUACAUAUAGAGUCCUACAGUGCUUCUAUGAGCUUUAUGGCCUUCAUUAUAAUCCUGCCAAGAGUGUAGUUUAUUCAUCGGAUGAAAUUAGGGAUGGCAACGAUUCGGGUGGAGAAGAUUUUCCUCUCUACCAUUGUUGAACUACGGUUUUAAAAUAGAGAACUUGGAAAUUUCAAACAACCCCACCACACAAAUAAUGAACGAUCCAAGUCUCAACUCUCAAUGUUUAUGUUCCGCUGGACGGAUGACGGCAACACCCAUGUUCCUGAGAACUGAAAAAAUUGGAACUUAGGCUUUCCAAUGCAGAGUAGAUGUCGAUAAAGACAACUACGAACGGCGAAGUAGAGAGAGGGAGACGCUGGGGGAUUUUGAUUUCAGAUUGAGAGUGGCCGAAUUGCAAGUGGGAGAUGAGGUAGAUUUCUUUUUGUGGGGCUCCAAGGCAAAUCCAGAUGCCAACAAAGACUGCGUCGACCGGCGAAGUAGAGAGAGGGCCGACGGUGGGUGGGGGUUUUGGAUUUCAAAUUGAUUGUGGCCGAACAGAAGGUGGGAGAUGAGGAGAGUUUCGAUGAGCAGAGAGGUUGUCGGGAGGGAUUUCGUGGGUCGGAUUUGAAAGUGGCAAAAAAUAGGGUGGGUGAUUCCGAUUUCAUAUUGCGGUUGGGAAUACUUUGUGAGCCAACAGCUCACCUAAUUCCCAAAGAUGCAUAUGGUGUGAGCUACCUAAAGAGCUUACCUUCUCCUCUAAUCAUUCUCCUUCUGUCAAAUGUUUACAAUUCGUUAGCAUUUAACUUUUUACGUAUUGGCUCUCCAGUGGCCUUCUAUCUUAUGCAUGGCGGAACCACCAUGCUCCCUCCCCAUUCCACGAUAUUUCGCAAUUCGCGACUUGUGGGCAACCAACGCGAACGGUUCCGAGAUUUCACAUACAGAAACACCUUUCCCUAUGAUCUCGCGUAUUAAUCUGGUGGUAUGGAUCGUAUUUCUUCUUCUUCUUUUUUUUUUAUGGUUUCUUAUUCUUCUUUCAUGUUGAUAACCUAUCCUUAUUUUUUGCUUGGAGUAAUAGGCGAGAUUUUCUUGGGGAACGUAUGACACCCUUCAAAGUACGUGGCCCCAGCUGCGAAUCACAAAUGACCAAUACCCCCACCCCCAAAUUCUGGACCUACGAGUGGAACAAACAUGGAAGGUACUCAGGGGAAACCGUGGAGAUGUACUUCUACUCCGCAAAUAUGCUAACACGAUUUAUCGAAGUGGGAAAAAAGACUUGCAGAUGGUUCCAUCACUCCAGGGCAAGGGUAUAGGCCAGCAGAUAUCCAGUAUGCUUACCUCAUGUAGAAAUAGGAUACCUUACCAUCUAUUACCUGCAGGAGAUCCGCUACUACGUCGACCUCAAUAUGAAAAAUUAUUCUGUGUACCAUAAACGAUUGGACUUCAU